GGGCCUGUAAAAAAAGAAGGUACUUUUUUUUUCCUUUUCUUCUUUUCGCUUUCACUUGUGUGUGUGUGUGUGUCUCCCAGCAUCAUGUCCCAACCAAGAUUGAUCGGUGAGCUGGCUGUAGUAGCUCUCGAAGCGGAGAACUUGCCCAAGGUUGCUGGCAACCUGAAAUCGUUCUGCGUAUUCAAAGUGGCCAAUGUUGCGAAGCGAACCAAGACAGAUACUCAAGGAAACCGUAACCCAACGUGGGAUGAUCAGGUGAAUAUGCCGAUUCCACACGGAUACAAUGUCAUGUCAGUGCAGGUCUUGAGUGAGGAUCCUCAGAAGGGCGACCAAAUUGUUUGCGAAGGCUCAAUUGACUUGACCAAGGUGCUCGGUGAAGGAGAAUCAGAUGAUUGGGUGCCAUUAAAGACACGAAGUGGCCAAGAAGCUGGCGAUGUAUAUUUGGAACUAACUUUCUACUCAGCUAAUCCGCCUCCACGCCGCCAACCAACGAGAUUUGGCCAUCCGCGACCUCCCCACAUGGCUGGUGGUGUAUCCUUUGCUCGACCACCCAUGCCAAACCAUUUUUCAGCGCGCCCACGUCCCCCCAUGCAUUCAGCCUCGGCACCUAUCCACGUCAAUGCUUCGCCUCGUCCGCCAUCUGCUGGCGGUCCGCCCUUCACAGGCCCUCCUCCGCAUCAUAUGCAACCUGGCGGAUUUGCUACGCCUCGACCUCCACCUCCUCAGCCCAUGGGCAUGCCACCACCACCGCAGCAGCCUAUGGGGACCCCAUCGCAUCCAGUGGCAGCAACUCAGGUUGCUCCAAUGCCCGGUACACCCGUUACGACUAGCUCCUCAUCCUCAUCAGUCGCUGUUGGCGGCCAAUGGCGUGCUUCUUCGAAACCGCCACCACCCUCGUUCAACAAUAGCCCACAACCUCGACCCUUGCCACCGCAAGGAUCGCCUAAUUCGCCCAUGGGCGCGCCGCUGCUAUCAGCUCCUUAUCGUCCCGGCCCACCGCCAUCACGGCCUCCAUCGUACAAUAAUGGUGGUAAGGGGACAUAUUCUUGUGUGUGUGUGCAAUGUAAGAUUGAGUUUUUGGGCUUACAAUGACGGUUACUUUAUUAGGCUACCCUCCGACCACUUAUCCGAGCAAACCAUUGCCCAAUUAUCCACCCGAGCAUUUCCAACAGGGUGGUCCUCCUCCUUCACAAUUUCCAGCACCACAGCAUAACUACCCUCCUGGUCCUCCAGGUGGUGGUGGUGGAUAUCCUCCUCAAGGCCCUCCUCCGCCGCAACAACAUUAUCAGCAUCAAGGACCUCCUCCACCUCAACACCCUGGUCAAGGAUAUCCUCCCCAACCGGGUUAUCCUCCGCAACCGGGCUAUCCUCCGCAACCGGGUUAUCCUCCAUACUAGAGGCCUACAUGCUAGUAAUGCAUUGCAAAACGAAAAAAAAAA